AUGGUGAGAGAAAAGUUGUAUAACCGAGCUCAGCGGUUGAGCUGCGUACUUCCACUUAAUGUCUUAGGCCUAGUUCUCUGGGGCAUCCCUGGAGUCAGGGCUUUGAAUAAUGGCUUGGCGAUGACCCCUACCAUGGGCUGGCUACACUGGGAGCGCUUCAUGUGCAAUGUUGACUGCAAGGAAUACCCGGAUUCCUGUGUCAGUGAGCAGCUCUUUAUGCAAAUGGCCGAUCUCAUGGUAUCAGAUGGCUGGAAGGAUGCAGGUUAUGAGUACCUCUGCAUUGAUGACUGUUGGAUGGCUGCCACAAGGGAUUCAAAAGGCAAACUUCAGGCAGACCCUGAGCGCUUUCCUGGUGGGAUUCGCCGCCUAGCAAAUUAUGUCCAUAGCAAAGGACUGAAGCUUGGAAUCUAUGCAGAUGUAGGAAAUAAAACCUGCGCUGGCUACCCUGGGAGUUUUGGAUACUAUGACAUUGAUGCUAAGACCUUUGCUGACUGGGAAGUAGAUCUGCUGAAAUUUGAUGGUUGUUACUGUGACAGUUUGAAACAUCUGGCAGAUGGUUAUAAGUACAUGUCCUUGGCCCUGAACAGGACUGGAAGAAGCAUUGUGUACUCCUGUGAGUGGCCCCUUUAUGCAUGGCCCCUUCAGAAGCCCAAUUACACAGAAAUUCAAGAGUACUGCAAUCACUGGAGAAGUUUUGGUGAUGUCCUUGAUUCCUGGCAAAGUAUAAAGGCCAUUUUGGACUGGUCAUCAUCUAACCAAGGCACAAUUGUUAAUGUUGCUGGUCCAGGAGGUUGGAACGACCCAGAUAUGUUAGUAAUUGGUAACUUUGGCCUCAGCUGGGAUCAGCAAGUAACUCAGAUGGCCCUCUGGGCUAUCAUGGCAGCGCCCUUACUUAUGUCUAAUGAUCUCCGGCACAUCAACCCUCAAGCCAGAGCUCUACUUCAGAAUAAAGAUGUAAUUGCCAUCAACCAGGACCCCUUGGGCAAACAGGGCUACUUGCUUAGAAAGGAAGACAACUUUGAGGUAUGGGAACGACCUCUCUCAAGCUUAUCGUGGGCUGUGGCUGUAAGAAAUGUGCAAGAGAUAGGUGGUCCUCGUUUUCAUAUGAUUUCCCUUUUUACUCUGGGUAAAGCAGUGGCCUGUAAUCCUGCCUGCUUCAUCACACAGCUCCUCCCUGUGAAAAAAGAGCUUGGAUUCUUUCAAUGGAGUUCUAUCUUGAAAAUUAAAGUAAAUCCCACAGGUACUAUUUUACUUCAGAUAAACACACCAAACUGA